ACUUUCUCUGUCUCUCACUCACUUACUCACUCAGUAGUGGGUGCGCUUUUUCUCUGACGUACAGCCAUCUUUUCUGUUUCUCUCCACUUUCCCCAGUCUUAUCUUCAUCUAGUACUUGCUUGCUUUCUUUCUUUCUUUCUUUCAGCCUUCCUAUUAGCUUCCCCAUAUUUGGCAAAAACUAGAAAUCGCUGUUUUGUUUCACUGAAAAUCACACACUCAUCAGCAGGCUAAGUACUAAGAAAAGUACUGGAGAGAGAGACUCUGAGACUGAGAUUCAGGGUUCAGAUCAUCUAUUUGGGACUCGAUUUACUAACAAAGUACCUAGUGAUUUAAAUAUUACACUGUUAGCAUUUAGAUUCACUUCUCCCCUGCUGUUGAUCACAAUAAAAAAGAUCAAGCCUUUUGAGUUAGUAUUCUUGUCCAGCAUGAACCUUUCGAAUCUCAAUCUAGAGUCUGAAGACGAGUCUGAAGUGAGCAGCCAAGUAGCCUCCAACAUAUCCAGCCAAGACAUCAUCACCCCUGAUCCCUCCAAGGACACCAACACAACUUCUUCUCCAACAAAUAAGCAUCCCGGCCCUCUUUUACUGGACUUAACUCUCAACUUUCAGGCCAACGACGUCGAGUUGAAUGGCACGAGCUAUACUAGCAAUGAUGAUUUAGGAACUCAUGCCAUGGCAGCGCCAAAUCCAAAUCCGCGAGUAUUUUCCUGUAACUUUUGUAGGCGCAAAUUUUACAGCUCGCAGGCUUUGGGAGGACACCAAAAUGCCCACAAGAGGGAGAGGACAUUGGCAAAGCGAGCAAUGCGGAUGGGGAUGUUGUCAGAUAGGUACGCGAGUUUAGCAUCCCUACCCCUCCACGGUUCUUCAUUCCGGUCCCUUGGAAUAGAAGCUCAUUCAUCGAUGCACCAAAUGAUAUUACCAUCGUCACGGCCUUACCCUGAGGCACGAGAAUUAGGGCCAAGGUUCGAACAAAGUUUCCUCGGGUUGCCAAUGUUUGUCGAAGAUGAUGAAGCAGGGUUGUCUUGGCCGGGCAGUUUCCGGCAAACCCGUGGCAACUUUGGUGGUUUUGACUCAGGACAAAGUUCGAACAUUAAUUUUGUAACUUUGGCUCCAGCACCAAGUGCAGAUUCCUCUUCACCUGAUCUUACCUUGAAGCUUUAAUUUUUAUUUUGUUUCGCGGGUACAUAAUUUGUUUUGUUUGUAAACUUGAAUUCUCAAAUUCAUUCUCUAUUAAACUUGUGGGUAGUUAGGCAUUGGGGACUGUAGCAGUGAGUUUUGAGAAACAGAAGUUCCUUUUGUUUGCCCCUUUUCUAUGCGUUGGUUGAGAAACUGCUGUAUGAUUUUGGUGCUGCCGUAUGGGAGCCAUUUGGGGAUGAUUUAGGUUCCAUUCUGCUAAAA